AUGUACAUUCAUAAUUCACUACUCAUAAGGUUGCUGAAAAUUCUUCGACAGUCCACGACCGGUUUCGUCUUUCUUAGGGCCCAUCAGGCAACUGCUGAAUGUGCUGCACCAGGCCGUCUCAUGUUUCAGCCGCUACGAUAUUCGAGAUAUCGUGAUACAUUGUCAAUCGGGAAUGUGUACAACAGUGGUUCGAAAAGAACCCUGAGUAUUCGUAAUGCACUACUCAUAAGGUUGCUGAAAAUUCGUCGACAGCCCACGAUCAGUUUUGCCCUUCUUGGGGCUCACCGGGUAGGCGCAGUCCUCGAGUUUACCGCAACCUUGUAUUCUACCGAAACCGAUCGAAACAGGUCGUGGGCUGUCGACGAAUUUUCAGCAACCCUAUGA